AUGCGAGUCCAGGCUCCAAUCCUCCAGGCCUUGAGCCUAUGGCUCGGUUGUGCUCAGAUAGCAUCAUGCAUUGUCUAUCCCAAUCAUCAACGCGUGGAGCAACUCAACGAGAUCCCUCGUGGGUGGUCUAGAGGAACAAAGCCUCCUCCCACGCAGCUCAUCAAACUCCGUCUCGCAAUCACUCAGAGCAACGCAGCAGAGUUUGAGCAGCAUGUCAUUGAUAUCUCCACUCCAGGUCACCUCAAAUAUGGCAAACAUAUGAAGCGGGAUGAGGUCAAAGAGCUCCUUCGUCCGUCUCCUGCAAUUUCAAACAAAAUCUUAGAAUGGCUCAGAUCGGAAAAUGUCUGGCCAGACGCCAUCCAACCAGAUGGCAAUUGGAUUUUGUUUACGGUGCCCAUCAAUCAAGCCGAGCACAUGCUGAGAUCAGAAUUCUUCUACUACCACAACGAAGCCCAGAAAGAGCCCGUCAUCAGGACCCUCGGGUAUUCCGUGCCUAGUGACAUUCUCCCAUACAUCCAGUUGAUCCAACCCACCACCCGGUUCGGCAAUAUAAGCCCACGAAAGCUCACGAUGUUAAAACACGAGCUCGCGACCCCGGAACAGCUGGCCUCUGGAUGCGACGAGGCCAUCACGCCGAGUUGCCUUCACAAUUUGUAUGGGAUUGGAAACGUGAGCACCACACCCGAUAGGCGCAAUCGACUGGGUGUAUCUGGAUUCUUGGAGCAGUAUGCCCGCCACGGAGACUUGGAAGAGUUCUUCGCUCAUUACUCACCACACCAGACGAAUAACAAUUUUACUGUCGUGUCAAUCAAUGGCGGAAAGAAUGAUCAGGAUUCCGAUUUGGACAGCGUGGAAGCCAAUUUGGAUAUACAGUACUCUAUCGCAAUGACCGAUCAAGUUCUGACAAUCUUCUACACCACCGCAGGGCGCGGUCCUGCAGUCCCUGAAAUUGACCAGCCAGACCCUGCAAAUGCAUCGGAUGAGCCGUACCUCGAGCAGCUCCAUUAUCUCCUGGGUCUACCCGAUGAUGAGCUACCCGCAGUUCUCACGAACUCAUACGGAGAACAUGAACAGGGUCUUCCAGCGUCGUAUGUUAACGCAACAUGCAAUCUUUUCGCACAACUUGGGGCACGAGGUGUGUCAAUCAUUUUCGCCAGUGGAGAUAGCGGCCCGGGAAAUUCCUGCUUGAUGAACGACGGAACAAACAGAACUAGAUUCUUGGCUGAGUAUCCAACCUCUUGUCCAUUUGUGACAUCCGUAGGAGGCACAGAGAGGAUCAACCCCGAACGGGCCACUUAUUUCUCUGGUGGUGGGUUUUCGGAGAUUUUCUCUCGUCCAUCAUACCAAGACCAGGCCGUGGAAAGCUAUCUCAAGAUUCUGGGCGGUCAGUGGGAAGGUCUGUAUAAUCCCCACGGCAGAGGUGUCCCCGAUGUUGCGACUCAGUCGACACGUUUCGUUGUCCGAGACCAUAAUAAAUGGAUUUCAGUUGCUGGUACAAGGUUUGUUUUCCAUGACUCGCAGAGGGAUCACUAA